CAACCCCUUUUUGUUUUUCUUUAUAUGUGAUUCACUUCUUCAUUGUUUACUUUCCAUGGAGGCUACGCUACUCAGAAUCCCCUUUUCUCCUGCCAUCUCCGCUACAUCUUUGUCAAAAUCUUGUAAACCGAUCACUCCAUUUCGUCCUCCAAUGUGGAAGAACUGGAACUUGCAGAUACCCAAUUCAGGGGUUUCGAAGAAUGGUGUUCAAUCCGUUCAAGCAUCCGCGACUUCAUUUGGAUCAAAGACUGAAACACGAGUAGACGAGAGUGAAAUCUAUACUCUUGAUGGUAUAAGAAGUUCUUUAAUCCGACAAGAAGACAGCAUUAUAUUUAGCCUUGUAGAAAGAGCUCAAUUUUGCUACAACGAGGAUACAUAUGACCCUAAUGCUUUCUUCAUGGAUGGCUUCAAAGGUUCUUUAGUCGAGUUCAUGGUCAAAGAAACCGAAAAAGUCCAUGCUCAGGUUGGAAGAUACAAGAGCCCUGAUGAACACCCGUUUUUCCCAAAAGACUUACCUGACCCUAUGUUGCCUCCAUUGGAAUACCCACAGGUGUUGCAUCCUUGUGCUCAAGAUAUUAAUAUUAACCUCAAAAUAUGGGAUAUAUACUUCAAAGAUCUUCUCCCUAGGCUUGUAAAGGAAGGAAAUGAUGGUAAUUGUGGAUCAGCAGCAACCUGUGACUCCACCUGCUUACAGGCCCUGUCUAAACGAAUUCACUAUGGGAAAUUCGUAGCGGAAGCAAAAUUCCGAGCUUCACCUUCUGAUUAUGAAUCUGCGAUUAAAGCGCAAGAUAAGAAAAAGCUGAUGGAUUUAUUGACGUAUCCGGCUGUGGAAGAAGCAAUCAAGAAACGGGUGGAAACAAAAGCGAAGACUUUUGGGCAAGUGGUGACUGUUGGGUUUGGGGAAGAUGCGAUUGAGCCUGUGUAUAAAAUAGAACCCAGUUUGGUUGCGGAUCUUUAUGGGGAUUGGAUUAUGCCAUUGACGAAAGAAGUACAGGUUGAGUAUUUGUUGAGAAGAUUAGAUUGAAUGAUUUAAUGAAUGUGUAUGAAUUGUGUUUUUUGUUUUCAAAGAUAUAUGAAGCUUUUUAACACGAUUUGGUAGAAAUUAGUGGAGGGAUUGAUGAUCGAAGAAAUCUCAAAUGAGUUUGAAUCGACUUUGGAUGAAUGUCUUUUGGAAAUUUUGAAAGUAAUCGAAUCUAGAAAAGGAAUUGGAAUAUGAGAAGAUUUGAAUCCCGAGAAUUAUAAUCUAUCAUUUGUUUAUUUAGCGGGAAAUUGGAUGAAAGUGAUGAUAAAAAUUGGACAGAAUUGCAAAAAUGGUCCUGUAUAUUUUUUAGGGUUUUAGUCUAAACCCCGGAUUUUUUUGGAUUGGUGGUCCGUUGGACUAAUUUGUAUGUAAAAAUGGUUCUUGUGAAAAUUGAAAUGAUUAAAUUGCC